CCCCCCCCCCCCAGCCGGAUUUCCGCCUCCGGCAUCACCUCGAAUUGAACCUUGUGACCUCGAAUUAUUUCCGAUUUCUGUGGGAUUGAUCUGCACCUGCAGGCCUGCUGUCUGCUCCACUUGACUGACCUGAUCCGCGGGGCUUCGUGAAGCCCGCGGUUCCUGUCAGCAUGCCUCCUCACGGCUGGCGGCAGCUUCUCGGUAGAAGCGUAAUGGCGGUGCUUCCGCCAUUCAACUUCCUUACGCUUCACUAUGCCUACUUUAUUGCGACGCCGCUUAUCUGUAGCGCCAUCUUUUGGGGCUCCGCCACUCCAUCGCGCAGCAUCUCAUACGUUGACUCCUUAUUCAUGUGUGUCAGCGCUAUGACAGGUGCUGGCUUGAACACCGUCGAUCUUUCUGCCCUGAACUCGUUCCAACAGUCUAUUCUCUUCGCGCUCCUCUUCUUGGGACACGCUAUCCUCAUCUCAAUCACGGUGCUCUUUGUCAGGAGGAGCGCUUUCCAAACCAAGUUCAAAGGCAUCUCGCUAGAGCGUGCACGUAGGAGACUAGCUCAACAUAUGAUGGGACACGGUCCCUCACUUGGCCCCAUCCAAGAGGGAGGCGUCAGCGUGGAUCAACUUCAGUCGGAGAAGUCAGUCGAUGCUGGUUAUGGCGUCAAGCCGACAGUGACAGCAGAGGCUGCACCUGCAGAAAGCAGCAACGAAGUUUCAGAUGAUGACCCUUUUCAAUGGGUUGACGAUGACCAAGUCACGCUCGGCCAAAUGAAGGCACGCCAAAACCAUCAUCACCAUCGGGUAUUCCCCAUGGUGGGCGUUGGGGCUCGACUUGAUUUGAACAAUCAUCCCCGAGAUGCUACGCCAAGAUUGGCACAGAGCGAAGAAGACAGUUUGCCUGCUCUUAAGGGCUUCAUCAAAGGAACCCAGAAGUACUUUAAGUCGAAGGGAUCCAUCGCGCGGAACUCUCAGUUUUACGGACUGACGCCUGACGAGCGGGAGAGAUUGGGAGGCGUGGAGUAUAAGGCAAUCACCUUUCUGCUGGUGAUAGUCGCUCUCUACUGGGUGCUAACUGUCCUUGGCGGUAUCAUUGGGAUGGGUACCUGGUUAGCAGUGAACCACCCGGACAUCUCUCGCACGAAUGGCUUGUCACCUUUCUGGACAGGCGCGUUCUUUGCUGUUUCCGCCUUUGUAAACAGCGGCAUGUCGCUCUUGGAUGCCAACAUGACUGCAUUUCAGACGAAUGCGUACCCGUUGCUCACCAUGGCAUUUUUGAUUCUUGCUGGGAACACGCUUUACCCUUGCAUCCUACGGUUCAUUAUUUGGGUCUUGCGCUGCCUGCUUCCAAAGACGCCGUCGUGGGCUACGUGGAGAGUUACGCUUGACUUUAUCCUCGACCAUCCCAGAAGAGUAUACACGAACCUCUUCCCAAAGCGACACACAUGGUACUUGUUUGGUACCAUCAUCAUUCUGAACGCCAUUGAUUGGGCCGGUUUUGAAGUCCUUUCAAUCGGAAACAAGGAAAUUGAGAGUUUGCCCAAGGGCUACCGUGUCUUGGACGGAUUGUUCCAGGCUUCCGCCGUACGUGCUGGAGGUUUCUACGUUGUUACUAUUUCUGAUCUCCGGCAGGGACUGCUUGUUCUAUAUGUUCUCAUGAUGUACGUGUCAGCAUACCCUGUGCUGCUGACCAUGAGAAACACAAAUGUAUACGAAGAGCGCUCCUUGGGAAUCUACGCCCACGACAAUACGGAUGACGAGAACGAAGGAAACCCAUCCCCCAACAUGGCCAUCCAACUGAUCAGACACCACCUCCUUGGGCGACAAGAUGCAUCCACCCCUGAAGCAUCCCGCAGCUACUUCGUCCACCAACAACUGCGCUCCCAACUAAGCCACGACCUCUGGUGGAUCGCGCUCGCCGUCUUCCUCAUCGCCAUCGCCGAAUCAUCCAACUACAACCACAUGCCCGUAGCCUACUCGACCUUCAACAUCAUCUUCGAAGUCGUCUCCGCCUACGGUUGCGUCGGCAUCAGCGUGGGCUUCCCCGGCUCGAAUGCCUCGUUCUGUGGCUCCUGGCACGCCAUCAGUAAGCUGAUCCUGGCUGCGGUGACCCUCCGAGGCCGUCAUCGUGGUCUUCCGGUCGCUAUUGAUCGGGCUGUCAUGUUGCCGAAUGAGUCGCUUGAGUGGGCCGAAGAGGAAGAUGCGGCUAUGCGGCGCGAGCAGUCUCGUGCUUGGGGUAUUGAUAAGAUGCCCGUGGGAUCCGUUUAGAUCCUUACUAUGACGCGAUAGAAUAUUGACUUGAACAUGGAGUGUACAGCGGAAGUGUCGGUAAAUAAGGGGACAUAGAGAUAGAGUGGUUGAUACAAAAGUUUUUUUUUUUUCUGGUUGAUUAUCGUCAUUGCCAUUUUGUGUGUGUUUUCGGUUUGUCAUUCUGUUUUGUGAGUUGU